CCACCAGCCCUCAAGCUCCAGGAGAUUUCCCUGGGAGAAGGGCAAGCUUAAUCUCAGGCCACUGGCUCCAAGACGUCCAGCAUGGGGCUCAGUCCCAGCUAUGGGGUCUUACUUUACUUCUGCCCCCGUCACCCCUUCCCUUCAAACAGCAGGCAUUUUCCACUCAGCUGGUGCCAGGGAAAGGGGGAGACAGAAUCCAGAGUCUUCUCUGGUUGGACGUGCGGAUCCCGUGGCUUCCUGCCACCCAUGGCAGAGGACAGGAGCAUCCUGCAGGUAACCGAAGAUCUGAGAGCUGCCGUCUGUGCCAUCCUGCAGGGCUACGGGGAUGGCCUGAGACCCGUAACUGACACCAGUGCUGAGCUGCACCGGCUCUGUGGCUGCCUGGAAUGCCUGCUGCAGUUUGACCAGAGAGAGCAGAAGAGCUUCCUGGGGCCUCGGAAGGAUUACUGGGACUUUGUCUUGGCAGCCUUGCAGCGACAGCGUGGUGACACGGAGCCGAUCCGCUUCGUCAGCACACAGGGCAAGCUAAAGAGCUCACUGGGAAAAGGCCGUGCCUUCAUCCGCUUCUGCCUGGCCCAUGGACUGCUGGCUGAGUCCCUGCAGCUCUGCCUGUUGAACCCCGAGCUUACCAGGGAGUGGUAUGGUCCGCGGAGCCCCCUGUUGUGUCCUGAACUCCAGGAAGACGUCCUGGACUCUCUCUAUGCCCUCAAUGGGGUGACCUUUGACUUGGACUUGCAGCGAUCAGAUCUGGAUGGGGCCUGGCCCAUGUUCUCUGAGUCCCACUGCUCCAAUUCCCAUCCGAUCCAGAGAAGAAGACCCAGGAAGGCCAAGAAGGGCUACCAAGAGGUGCAACUGAAAGCAAGUUGCCCCCAGGAGAUUCCAGCCACACUGGGAGACCCCCAAGGAGUCCCACCAGAAGAGCCACACACCAGUCAUGCCAGCCAUCUGAGAGAUGCCAACCAUCUGAGGGAUGUCCCAUUGGCUGGACCCCCGAGAGCAAGGUCACCUGGGAUACUUCCCCCUGUUUUGGAAAAGAAGAGAGAAGAUGCUGGGGAUCUCAGCUUCCCCCACACCGUGUGGGAACCAGAACGAGGGGAGCUUGCACAAGACCAGGGGGAGGGGGUCCCCGAGGCUGGGGUCUUCCCAGAGUGCUCAGCACCCAGCAUCCAGGUGCAAGCUGAAGACAUAGGGACUCUGCCAGGUGCUGAGGGUGGAAGAGCAACCCAGGGGACUCUGGAGGGGGAAGCAGAGAGGGGUCCUGUCCAGAGGCUGCUGGUUUCUGACCCCAGGGGGUCAGCAGAGCAAGCCACUUCGGGGAGCAAGCAGAAGUGGGAGGGGCUUAGGGAGGAGGAGGCAGGGGCCCUGCCCGCCCUGGCAGCACAGGAAGACUCUACCACAGAGAAAGAGCCACAACAAAUAGAAGUGACCAGCAUGGCCUGGAGGGCAGGGCAGCCAGAGGUGUCCCUGCAUGCGGUGGUCCAGAGCCUCCAACACCAACUCCAGCAGGCCCAAGAACAGGCACAGGCCCAGGAGCAGCUGCUGAAGGAGCAGGAGGGGGAGCUGCAAGCACUGCAGGAUCAGCUCCACAGGUGUUGGGAAGAGGGUAGCCGGCUCCGGGAAGAGCAGGAGCAGGAGCAGCAGGAAGCUGAGCGGAGGACUGCCUGGUUUGAGGAGGAACUCAGGGAGCAGCAGGACCUGGUCCAGGCCCUGAAGAGGCGGGUGUUGGAGCUGAUCCAGGAAAAGGAUCACCUGUGGCAGAAGCUCCAGCACAUGUCUGCAGUGGCCCCAGGAUGCUGUGUGGGCUGCAGCAAGAUCUUCGGCCGUCUGUCUCGGCGCUAUCCCUGCAGGCUCUGUGGCGGCCUGGUUUGCCACGCCUGCUCUGGGGAUUACAGGAGGAGAGAGUGCCGCUGUCCACCCUGCGCCCAGGAAGUGGACACCCAGGUCACAUGACCCAGACCAGCCAGGCCCACCUGCACCCUCCCUGCCUGCGGCUCUUUCCAGCCCUGUGUUCUGGAACCUGUCAUGCUCAGGCAGUACUUAUGCAGGCAGACUGUGAUGGGGGAGAUUGGGGAAGGGGAUUGGGGCAGAGCUGGGGGGAGGGAAAGGGAAGCUGGGCGGCUGUCAAGAGGCAGUGACAGGGCAAGGCCUUUACCUGAGGGCAGGCUCCAGGCUUCAAUGGCUUCAGCAGAUGCCUAAGGGUGAGCAGGACCCCAGCAGCUCCCAUGGUACCCAGCCACCUGCUCCCUUAUCCAGCUGUGGGGCCCACCCUACAGAGCCCAGGCAAACUCUGAACAACCUCAGGCUCUUCCAAAGCUUUCUGGCCGCACUCUGCCACAGGAGCUGGGGUUUUCAUGCCGUAUGGGUUUAGCAGCUUUACUGGGGUAUUGUUGAUCACAUUCUAAUAAACCUCACUUGAAGUGUU